AUGCGGGAUUAUGAAAACGCGGAGAUUGCGCCGGCGCUGCCGUUGGUGGAGGUGCUGGAGCCGGAGACGAAUAGAAGGUUGUUGUGCACGCUGCGGCGCCGGUUUACGCUCGCGAGCGGGAGCGAGCGGUGCUUGGUGUUGCCGGUGGAUACCCCGAUCGAUGUUUUGCGAGGCGAGGGAUUGGACGAGAGCGAGGAUUUGAGUGAUAUCGGAGACGAUGAGCUGUUGCAAAUAUUACCCGACAUGAAUCGCGCGCUGGCGAUGCGUGGAUUUUUGCUUCAACGAAGCGCGUUUUGCAUGACGGUUCGCGGUCCGGUGCGCAUGAACGAGGACGACGCGCUCGAGAUGGACACCGGCGGCGACGAACCGAACGAGGGCGUGGAGGUGUGUACAUUUACCAGCGGCACGUCGAGAUACCUCGUCUACGCCCCGCUCAAUCCGGUGCUCUUGAUCACCAACGAAGACCCGGAGACGCGUCUCCACGAGGUGUGCUUCGACGACGCCGACGUCGACGAAGCCACGCUCCAGGCCAAUCUCGACGCCGAGUACGAGAUGUUGAGCGAGCCCGAGGACGAGUUAUUCGCCGACGUCGCAGAUUAG